AUGUCGGUCGCUUCCAAGAACCUGUUCGAUCUGCUCGGCAACGACGUGGAGGAUAACUCCGCUCCCGCCGCCCCUGCUAAGAUCGUCGAGAAGACAUCGACCCACACUGCUAAGCGCAACACCGAUGGCGUCGCUCCCAGCAAGGCUGCUCCUGCCCAGGGCACCGGUCGUCGCUCUAACGUGACCGGCAACGAGGCUGCUUUCCGCGACCGCACCGCCGGCAGCGAACGCAACCGUGGCAAGCCCACUGAGGAGGGUGCCGCUCGUGGCCCCCGCGGCGGUGCUAAUGCCCGCGUCCGUGGUGGUCGCGGUGGCCGUCACCCCCGCACCUCCGACGAUCGCCACUCCAAGAACAUUGCUUCCGGUUCCGAGAAGCAGGCUGCCCAGUCCUGGGGCGCCACCGAGGGCCAGGCUGAGCUGAAGGAUGAGCAGGCUGGUGAGGAGAUCGCCAAGUCUGAGCAGAAGGAGGCCGCCGCUGAGGGCGAGGCCGCCGUUGAGGCUACCCCCGAGGAGGAGGAGGAGAAGCACGUCUCCUACACCGAGUACCUCACCCAGCUCGCCGAGAAGAAGGCCGCUCUCGAGGCCGAGGCCGCUCUCAAGGUCCGCAAGGCCAACGAGGGUGUCGUUGAGGACAAGAAGUGGGCCAACGCCAAGCCCAUCAAGAAGGAGGAGACUGAGGAGUUCAUCCCCGGCUCCGCCGGCAAGAAGCAGCGCGAGCGUGAGCGCAAGGUCAAGCAG